AUGACGGCUCCGUGGCGAAGCUUCACUACCGGCGACUUGCUGCGCAACGUCUACUUUGUCUACGAGCAGAAGCGUCUGGAUAUCGCUUUUGAGGCAGUGGUCGGCAGAAAAUUGCUGAGGCGACUUGACGGAGGUUGUGAUGAGGACACAAAGAAGCUUUUCCUCCUUCCAUCAUUCCUGGCAGCAGUCAUUUUGCGAUACGAAUUCGGAUCAGAUGGCGCUACGAUCGUCCUCAAUCGUGUCAUGAAGAAGAUAAUGCUAACCAUUGGCGGGGCAAGAAGUCGAUUUCGUGGCGUUCAGCCGGGAAUCGAUGAUUUCAAGAUCAGGAAACAAGCGGAA